GAGGAGUUUCGAAACAUAAGAAUACCCUACAAGAAGGCUGGACUCUUUAGCCUAGGCCUUUACUUUCUCUUUAUAAAAUCACAUCAGAGUAGUCUCUAGCAAUUAGCAUUCUCUCCUCUUUCGUUUGCUUUAAGAUCCUAACUAUGUCGGGAGAGAAAGAGAAAAAGAAAAACACAAAGAGUAUGUAUUACAGUGAUCAUCUUAAGGCUGCGGAGAAAGAUAUAAGCUCGAGAAAUUUCUGUAACUUGGUUGAUGCGGCCGUCCUCUUAUAUGAAGAAGACAUCAAAUUUGAAUUUUUAGAUGACAUCCCAAGGAAAAGAAGGAGUCCGUCGAAAAAAAUUGCCCGAGCAAAAAGCUAUGGAGACCUUAAUGAGUCUUCUACUUCUUCACUUUUCGACCUUAACAAGACCCCAGAUGAUUCUGAGACAGGAGAGCCAUCAAACCCUCUUCAAUGUUGUUAUGUAUCUUCUCCUUCAUCGUCUCUCACUGCUCAUCCUCCUCCAACCUUAACAGAGAAGACAAGCCGCAAGAGACGUGACACCCAAGAAAGAAAGCCUAGUACUGGUGGUAAAUCCAAGAAAGUUAGGGUUCCUCCUUUUUCAUGGAAAGAGAGAGCUAUUCCGGAGUGGCUAGUAAGUUUAUUGGAAACUAUGGCAGCAACCAGAGGAUACCUUGUAACCCAAGGCCCGUGGCUCAUCUUUGAGAAGAAGCUGACCAGUACAGAUGUCGACCCGGCACAGAGCCGUCUCUUAAUGCCUUUCAACAGCCUAGUCCGCAACGACUUCUUGAAUCCCGUGGAGCUGAGAAUCGUAGCACAAGAAGAUGAAAAGAGAAUCGCAGCACAAGAAGAUGAAAAGAACGGAGUUGGGGCGAUGCUAGUGGAUCAACAGAAGAAAAUGUGGGGUUUGAUUUUGAAGAGACGGGAGAUGGUGAAAGUAGAAAAGAAUGGAACCUUGAACUAUGCUUUGAUUUGUGGGUGGAACGAUGUCGUUCAGAGUAAUGGAUUGAAAGAAGAUGACGAUAUCAGUGUUUGGUAUUUCAGGUGGCGUGAAUGUCUCUGCUUUGCCCUUGUUCUUCCUCCUCCUCCUGACAUGGCACAGAGUAGCUCAUCUCUUGAUCUAGAUGUCUGAAAAUUUUAUCAUGUCUGUUGUUGGUUGAUCUAUUCUCACUGUGAUCUGUUGUCAAGGGAUUGUUGAGGUUUUUCUUCAAUUUUUGUCACUAGGAGUGUGAUCUGUUGUUUUAGAUCUUUGCUUUUUUAUGUAGUUAACAUUUUAACAUGAAUCUGGUU